UAUUUGCAGUCUCAAUAAUCUGUAUAAAAACAUAAACAAAAACAUACGGACCUUCUGAUCUGAUGAAUUCUUACGACAGUUCUGAUAGACUUCAAAACGGACCGAUACAGUUUUCAUUCCUGAACGCACUCGCUUGAGUUUGCCUGUGAAAUGAGCCACGGUCAGAGAGGGAGGCGCGGAGGAGGAAAUCGUCCGUGGAGGCCGCAGAUUGGUGAAAGAGGAAAGAAUGUUGUGGAAGGGUUGAAUGAAAAUUCGCCUGUUAUUCAAAGCUUUCGAAAGUUUGCUUCAGAGCUUGAUGCAAAGCAUGACAGGCAUGAAAGACUUGUGAAACAAAGCAGAGAUGUGACAAUCGAGAGCAAGAGAAUCAUAUUCCUGUUGCAUUCCAUCGACAAGGAGAGCAAAAGGGAAGCAGUGUUGGCUGAGGCACAGACUCGAAUUGCUUCUCUUAAUACUACAAUAUUUAAGGAAAUUGCCAAAGAACUGCAAGGGCAAGACCAAUACCAAUAUCUUCGGGCUGUCUCUCCUGGAAUUCAGGAAUAUAUUGAAGCUGUUACUUUCAUGUUUUAUAUUAGAGAUGGUAAAUUACCUCAUUGGGACGAAUUACAGCCAUCUUUAUCUUACGGUGAAGAAGGACAAAUUAAUUUAAUUCCUAUUGAGUUUUUCCUCGGAGUGGGGGAUUUGACUGGAGAGCUAAUGAGAUGCUGCAUUCAAAGUCUUGGAACAGGAUCCACCAAGAGCUGCUAUGAGGCCUGCUCUUUUGUGAGAGAUAUUUACAUAGGUUUCAUGAGUGUUGGCCACACUGGACACAGAGAGUUCCAGCGCAAGUUGAACGUCCUCAAGCAAUCCCUCACCAAGAUGGAAAUGGCGUGCUACACUUUGGCUGUGCGGGGCAAUGAAAUGCCCAAGCACAUGCUUGCCGAUGUCUUCAGCACUGGUGAAGUGAAUGAUGGUGCUGACGAGGGAUUCUGUGACUAGUCACUGAAAUUGACACAACUUCACCUGCUACUGUACAAAAUUUAAUUAAAUCUAUUGCUUUACAAGUUCUCCCCCAGUGUUAAAGCCCCCGGUGAAAAUAUUGUAACGAGACCAACGUAUCACAAGAGGUAAAAUCAUCAAUAAACCAAAUGUUAAAUAAAAA